AUGGAACUCUCCCCUGCCGGCAUCAAUGUGCGCUUAAGUGAAAGUCACACACCAGAUUGGUCGAGUUUACCGGAACAUCUUUUGGACCAAGUUUUUGGUAAUUUGGAAACAGUAAAACAAUGUUUGCAAUUCAGUGGUGUUUGUAAGUAUUGGUACAGUGUGGCAAAGGAUAACCAAAGAAAACUUGUGGAACUGAGUCUUCACAAUGUACCAAUGUUGUUGGUUCCUAAUAAACACAAAGAAGAUGAUAAUAAGGAUGAAUGGAGUGUGUAUGAUGUGUUGUCAGAUAAGUUCUUAAUCUCAAAUUUAUUACUUCCUCCAUAUGAUCAUUCUUUUGGUGGCUCUUCACAAGGAUGGUUACUUACCCUUGAUGACAAUUUAGCUUUAACACUCUAUAAACCCUUUGUUGGAAUUGGUAAUAAUGAUGUUAUUCACCUUCCUCCAAUAUCAUCAACUCCCAUGGAUAAGGGACUAUUGGAAGGGAUUGCCGAAUAUCGUCAAUACUAUGUUAUGAAGAUGUCAAUACACACUUCCGAUCCAAUAGCCAACCCUAAAGAUUUAAUCAUUGCAGUCAUAUUUGGACAAUACAAGUUGGCUUAUAUCAGGCCACUCAAACAACUUACUUGGUCUCAAAUUGAUUUACAGUCACCCUUUGAUGAUCUUGUGUAUCACAAGAACAAAUUUUACGCCAUAACUCUUACUAGCCAACUUGCAUCUUUCGAUGUCGACAACAAUGUCAAUUUUUUUGCCGAUUCUACUAUUCCAGACGAUGAUUAUGGCUGUUAUGAACCAAUAAUAGGAAGAAGUUCUUGUUACAAGAGAUACUUGGUAUAA